AUGGAAGGGUGUCGCCCGAGUUCUUUCCCUAUUGAACAAAAUCUCAAACUUGUUACUAACGAACAGGAUCCGAAGGUUGAUGCUAGCUCUUAUCGACGUUUUAUUGGUCGACUUCUUUAUCUCCAAGCCACUCGUCCAAACAUUGCUUACUUUAUCAACACUCUUAGUCAGUUCGUCUCGGACCCUCGUCAAAGUCAUUUGGAUGUUGUUAUGAGAAUUCUUCGGUAUCUCAAGGCUACCCCAGGUCAAGGCAUACUCUUAUCCAAAGAAGACGGUACCAACUUGGUCGCCUACUCUGACUCGGAUUGGCUCGGAUGUCCUCUUUCUAGGCGUUCUCGCACCGGAUACAUUAUUCUUUUUGGUGGUGCUCCAAUCUCAUGGAAAACCAAGAAGUAG